CCCAGCUGAGAAAAGCCUUUCUGUGGACACUGAUACCUUGUGUUCGGGCUCGUCCAGAAGGGAGAAGAAGGCUGCUGGAUCCCAGGCUCCGACCCGAGGACCCUCAGACUGACAGAGCUGGAAGCCACGUGGAUCCGAGGGCUGCACUGCCAUGACGACCGGUCACAAGCCACAGGACAGGUACAAAGCCGUAUGGCUUAUCUUCUUCAUGCUGGGCCUGGGCACCCUACUGCCAUGGAAUUUCUUUAUGACUGCCACUAUGUACUUCAAAAGCCGCUUGGGCCCACCCCAGAAUAAUUCAGUUUCCUUGUCGGAGGAAAAUGGGGCCCUCCUGGGGAGCGCAUCUCCACCCCCAACGGAGUCUAGUUUCCUGGAUUCCAUUUUCAACAAUGUCAUGACCUUAUGUGCUAUGCUUCCCCUCCUGGUCUUCACCUGUCUCAACUCUUUCCUGCAUCAGAGGAUCCCCCAGGCCCUGCGGAUCUUGGGCAGUCUGGUGGCCAUCUUGCUGAUGUUUGCCUUGACAGCUAUCCUGGUAAAAGUAAACCUUGAUCCCCUGCCCUUCUUCGUUCUCACCAUGAUCAAGAUUGUCAUCAUCAACUCAUUUGGAGCCAUUCUCCAGGGCAGCAUGUUUGGCCUGGCUGGCCUGCUGCCCACCAGUUACACAGCUCCCAUCAUGAGUGGCCAAGGCCUGGCUGGAACCUUUGCUGCGCUGGCCAUGAUCUGCGCCAUUGCCAGUGGUUCACAACUGGAGGAAAGUGCUUUUGGAUACUUCAUUACUGCCUGUGGAGUCAUUGUCCUUUCUAUCUUGUGCUAUUUGAUCCUGCCUCACCUGAAAUUCUACCAAUAUUACCAGCAAGCGAAGAUGGGGCCUCAUGGGGAGCGAGAAACCAAAAUGGAUUUGAUUCGAAGAGGAGAGAACCCUACCAAGACUGCAGAAGGAGGGAUAUCAAAGCCCAGCCAACAGGCUACUCCCUAUGAGAAAACUUCCAUCAUAGCUAUCCUCAAACAGAUCUGGGUUCUGGCAUUGUCUGUCUGCUUUGUCUUCACCAUCACCAUCGGCGUGUUCCCUUCUGUGACGGCUGAGAUCCAGUCCACCAUUGCAGGGACCAGUGACUGGAACAAGUAUUUCAUUCCUGUCUCCUGCUUCUUCGUUUUCAAUAUCUUUGACUGGGCUGGCCGGAGCCUCACUACAGUGUACAUGUGGCCGAAACAAGAGAGCCAAUGGCAGCUUCCUGCCCUGGUGAUGGCGAGGGUCGUGUUUGUGCCCCUAAUGAUGCUGUGCAACGUUCAGCCGAGGAAUAACCUGCCCGUGAUCUUCCACCACGACGCCUGGUUCAUUGUCUUCAUGAUAUUCUUCGCCUUCUCCAACGGCUACCUCGCCAGCCUCUGCAUGUGCUUCGGCCCCAAGAAAGUGAACCCUUCAGAGGCGGAGACUGCAGGUGCAAUCAUGGCCUUCUUCCUCUCCCUGGGCCUGGCCCUGGGUGCCUUAUUGUCCUUCGUGUUCCGGGCUAUAGUGUGACCACCUAGAAUCUUCCAGCCACCCUCCCUGCCCUGCCUGGCCCGCUGCUGACCUCUCUUUUCUCACUACCUGUGCUGGAGGCAGAGGAACAGAACUCCUUCUUUGGGCACUGGGAGCCAAACAGCUAGAGCUCUCUUGUCCUGGAGAAGGGAUCUCAGAGGACAGCACAGAGAGAUCAUUAGUUUUCUGCAGUAUUUGACUGACUGGCCGAUGGAACCCAUCUAUGGACAAAACAGUGUUUAUCCCCUGCAGCUGUGUGUGUGUCUGUCCACCCCCAUGUCCAUCCCUCUGUGUGUCUAUGUCCAGUGUCAGGGUCCAGGCGGAUGAGAUGAAGCAUUGCUUUAGAGUCAUAUUUUUUCUGACCAUGCUUUUCCAUCUAUCCGACCCCCGCACUUUCUUUAUCCUCAGCCUUUCCGUGUAAUGUCUCGUGUACAGUGCCAUUUAUUGCCUUUUUUUAUACUCAAGACAGAAACCAGAUGCCCUUGAAGGCAUCCAAUAAAUCAUUCAGGAUUUUU